UCACAGUCCCGUGGAGAAAGCCGGAGAGUGGUGCUCCCGGCCUCACAGCCAAUGGUGGGAGCCUGCAGUGGUGCUCACAGCUCACACUUGGGAUUGAGCUCGGAAUCGCCACACCGACCCACGCCAGGGCCGGGACAGGGACCGCCAUUCCUGCAGCGGCUUCUACUCCCGCCCCGCUCAGCCCACAGAGGGCAAUGGCGGCGCCCAUGCGGAGGAGACGGGCCGAGGUUGGAGUCACCUUUGAGGACAUUGCCCUGUACUUCUCCAGGGAGGAAUGGAGCCUCCUUGACAAAGAUCAGAGACAGCUGUACCUGAAUGUGAUGCUGGAGAACUUUGAACUUAUAUCCGCACUGGGUUGCUGCUGUGGAGCAGAGAAUGUGGAGGCAGCGCCUGAAAAGAAUGUUUCUGUAAGAGUGUCACAGGAAACGAAUCCCACGUUAGCCUUGUCUUCCCAGAAGAGCCACCCCUGUGAGAGUUGUGGACUAGUCUUGGGAAACAUUUUCCACGUGAUGGAGCUGCAGGGAACACAACACCCACAGAUACUGUUGAGGUGUGGGGCAUGUGCAAAACGGUUUUAUUUCACUGUAAAAUUUCACCAGCAACAUGUGAGAGAGAAGACUUUCAUUAGAGGUGUGGACAGGAUCUCCCUUGCAAACAGCUGCAAUUUCAAUGUGUCCCAGAAUCGUUUCUCAUGCGGAGAGGUUGGGCAGGGUGUCCUUACUGAAUCAGGACAUCUCCACCUAAAGGCCAGGGACAGUCCAAAUGCUAUUUUGACACAGGGAAUGACAUUUCAAAGGACAAAAAAUUAUUACCCCAGAAAAGAAUGUAAGAAAAACAGUACCUGCAAACACACGUUUAUUCAGGAAAAAGAUUUCAAUGUUGGAAGUCGAUGUUUUGUGUGCUCUGAAUGUGGGAUAUAUUUUACCAAAUUUUCUAGCUUUUAUCUUCUACAGCAAGGUCACACGGGAGACAGGCCUUAUCAGUGCAGUGAAUAUGGGAAAGCUUUUAGCAGUAGUAACAGCCUAGGUGAUCAUGAAGCUUUGCACAUUAAUGAAAGGCCUUAUGAGCGCAGUGAAUGUGGAAAAUCUUUUACCAAUAGCAGUGCCCUCCAUUAUGAUCAGAGAGUUCUCACAGCAGAAAGGCCUUAUGAGUACAAUGAGCGGGGAAAAUCUUUUACCAGGAGUAGUAACCUUCAUUGUCAUCAGAACAUUCACACUGGUGAAAAGCCUUAUAUAUGUAGUGAAUGUGGGAAAGCUUACACCUGAAGCACUAAACUUUUUCGUCAUCAGAGAGUGCAC